AUGUCGUUCAUUUACUGUGGCGGAUCUAUUGUUCUGUUUGAUGAAAGCCCACUGGAGCCUGAUCCUCACAUUCUUAUUAAGGUAGCGUCGACAACGAAGUCCACAAUCAUCGGAAUGGGUGCAAAGUUAUAUGAUGAGUAUUUGAAAAUGAAUGUUGACUUCAAAUCGCUCUACGAUCUGAAAUGUAUUCGCUUGGUCUAUUCUACUGGCUCUCCUUUGAAGGCUGCUGCAUUCGAAUUUAUCAACAGCAGCAUCAGUCCUGGGGUGGGUGCCCCUGUGAUCAUCUGCCUCGAUUUCCAUUUUGCUCAACUGCUUCCAUUGGCACUUGUUGCAAGAGCUAUCAUCGGCUCUAUCUCUGGCGGCACUGACAUCAUUGGCUGCUUUAUGGGGUGCUCUCUAUCCCUACCAGUACAUCCUGGGGAAUGCCAAUGUCUGUACUUGGGAAUGGACGUCAAAGCCUUCGACCACAGUGGUAGGUGCUUGAACGGAGGUGAUGAGAAAUAUGAAGCGGAAUUAUUGAGUUCACAGAGAUAG